AUGUCAGAAACUGAGUCGGAAAAGAUAAAAGUAAGAACGGCUGAGCAUUUUGAAAAUGACAAAAAUAACAUUCCUUGGUUGAAGGAAGAUACGCAACUCACAAAUGAAAAGCAUGGAGAAGAGAAACCUAUUAAUGCUAUCAUUAUAAAUUCAGUAUCUGAAUUCAAUAUCACAGAUGGACCAGUCCAGGAAAGCCCCAGUGAGAAAAACCUGUCAGGAUCGAGCACUUCACUCUCCUCCCUCGAAGAAUGCCAAACGAAAUUUCCCUACCUCCAAACUAAUACUUCAGUUCAUCAGAGAGAUGCUGAUGAAGAGUGUGCCUCCCUGAUCCUCACCUGUCUCUUUUGCCAAUUCCUGGACUGCCUCCUCAUGCUCCCUGACACGUGCGAAACCGUAUGCCUCAACCUGUGCUGCCCCUCUCACAGGUACUACUCGGCCUCAGAUGAGAAUCAUCCUCGCAAUGACUGCAACCUGACCUGUGACGUGGACUGCAGCCUCUUUGAAUCCUGCCAUGAGACCAGUGAGUGCUUGGAGCUGGCCAUGGAGAUAUCAGAAAUCUGUUACCGCUAG